CAGCAUACAAAAUGUCCUCGACAACGACAGAAAUGACGACGACGAAGAGACGCAUUGUCGUGCUCAUCUCCGGCUCAGGCAGCAAUCUCCAGGCCUUGAUCGAUUCGCUCGACACCCCAAAACUGCCCAAUGCCGAGAUAGUGUUGGUGCUAUCGAAUAGGAAGGCUGCGUACGGUCUUACAAGAGCUGCACAAGCCAACCCACCCAUACCCACUGCCUACCUCGCGCUCCAGCCCUAUCUCAAAAACAACCCAGGAAAGACACGGGAAGACUACGAUGCGGAGGUUGCGAAGAUCGUGUUGAAGGCGAAGCCAGAUAUCGUGGUGUUGGCUGGGUGGAUGCAUAUUCUCAGCGAACGUUUCCUCGAAUAUUUGGAUGGGAGGAAAGCUGGGGAGGAGGGUGUGGAGACGCCUGCAACGGCUAUUCCUGUUAUCAACCUCCACCCUGCCCUCCCUGGAGCCUUUGACGGUGCGAAUGCCAUCCAGCGCGCCUACGAGGCCUUCCAGAAGGGUGAGAUCACCCAUUCUGGAGCCAUGGUUCACAAGGUUGUGAGGGAGGUCGAUAGAGGGCAGCCGGUGGUCGUGCGGGAGGUGCCGAUUGAGAAGGGAGAGCCUAUCGAAGCGUUUGAAGAGAGGCUGCACAAGGUCGAACACGAGAUCAUCGUGGAGGGGACGAACAAGAUUUUGGAAGAGACGAAGGCACGGUGA